AUUAGCAUAGCAGUACUUUUGAUAGUAUUGCCAUGUUUUCCUGCUAGGCCAGGAUUGGUUAAAUAUGCAACUUAUUCACCGCAUGCCGUUGAUUAUCACAAGGAACCAAAAUAUUCGUUCAAAUAUGGUGUUACCGACCUCUACACGGGAGAUGUUAAAUCUCAACACGAAAGCCGUGAUGGAGGUAUAGUGAGAGGACAGUAUUCUUUAGUAGAACCUGAUGGUUCCAUAAGAACCGUGGAUUAUACAGCUGAUCCGGUUCACGGAUUCAAUGCCGUCGUUUCUAAAACUGCACCGUCUAUACACCCGGUGGCACCAGUGGUCAAACAUUUGGAUGUUGUACCUGCUGUGGUAAAGAAAAUUGUACCUGCCGCACAACAUUCUACAGUUUACAUUCACAAGAACGAUGUUGAAGCCGCGCCGGUGGCGGCUCCAGAGAUUUACGUCGGAAAACACUCGUACCAACCGAUUUACGCAGGAUUAGGGUUGUUCAUAAAUUUAGUAACGCAAAUUGGGGGCGUUUUGGCCUUGUUACGUGGGGCGAGACAGGGGGUUAAGAUUUACGUUCCGUAA